AUGAGUCCGUGGCUGAUAGCGGUGAUAGUCAUUGGAGCACUGCUCGUCCUGGUGCUGCUGGUCAUCUGCCUCGUGUUGCUGCUGCGCCGCAGGGUGGGCCACAGCGGUGAGUCUCCUUUGAGAAGCCUUGACAACUCUCAGAAGUGGUGCUUGGUUCUCUCUCUCUCUGAUAGCGGUGAUAGUCAUUGGAGCACUGCUCGUCCUGGUGCUGCUGGUCAUCCGCCUCGUGCUCCUCCUGCGCCGCAGGCACGCGUGAUGGGAGCUGCAAGCUCAGGGGACAUUUUCAACAAAGGGAAGGGCGCGGCAGAGGAGACAGGCUAUGGAGCAGUUGGAGUGGCUUAUGGUGCAGGAGCGAGAGGAGGAGAGGGAGGGGAAGGAGUGGGAGGAGGAGUGGGAGGAGAAGGAAGCGGAGGGAUGGCAGGAGGACGAGGUGGAGGAGGAGAGAGAGUGAUUUCACCCUUUGAGAUGGCAGCGGCACGUAUAGGACUCGGAAGGCAAGGGUGGGCACCGUUGGGGGGUGAGGGGACGGGGUUAGGACACACUGGGAUGGGAGGAGGCAUGGGGGGAGGUAUGGCUGUGACGGGAGGGGAAGGCACAGAAGCAGCAGCAGCAGCGGCGGCGGCGGCAGCGGCUGCAGCGGCAGUGGGAGUGGCGGGAGUGGCCGGUGCAGCAGCAGCAGCAGCAGCAAGAAGACCCCAGCAUACUGACCCAGCCCAUCCUUCAGAAGGCACAGAAAACGCCACAGCAGCAGCAGCAGCAUCAGCAGCAGGAGCAGCAGCAGCAGUACCCAUCCCACUGCCCCUCACCCGAAGCAGCAGCGCCAGCAGCAGCACCACCGGCAGCAGCAGCAGCAGCAGAAGCAGCAGCGGCGGCGGCGGGACGGCCCCUCCUCUCCGCGUGUUCCGUUUGGCAGAGCUCCGACGUGCCACGUCCAGCUUCCACCCGCGCAACCUGCUCGCACUGCAGCUCGAAUCCGCCUGGCGUGACGCCAACAGCAACCGCAACAACAGCAACCCCAACCCCAACGGCAACGGCAACGGCAACAGCGGCGACGCAGAUCUCGCCAACCCAGCCGCUGCCUCCUUCGCUUCCUUCAGCUUUCGCAGCAUUUCCCGAGGCAGGAGCAGCGGUGGGAGUGGGUCCUUCGGCUCUGGUCGCUCGUCUGGGUCGCUGGGUUCCUUUGGUGGUGCUGGUGGGGCUGCUUGGAGUGGUGGGAGUGGUCGGGAGGUGGGCGGGAGUGGGAGAGCGGGUGCGGGUGACGCGGGGGAGGGGAGUGGGAGAGCGGGAGCGGCGGGAGUGGCGGGGAUGGGCGCGUAUGGGGAUAUGUACUCUGCGUGCACGGACGGGGGGAGUGCGUGGGCGGUGAAGCGGAUGAGCGAGGAGGCGUGCUCCGCUGAUGCUGGGCCAGCCGCGUUUCAGCACGAGGUGGCGCUAUUCGCAUCGCAGUCGCACCACCAGCGCCUGGCGCGCAUACUGGGGCUGUGCCACGAGUGCGGGGAGCGCAUGGUGGUAUACCACCUGCACUCGCCGCUCUCCUCCCUUUUCUUCCGCCUCCACAAGGCUCCAGUGGACCACUUCCUGUCGGCGCAGCAGCGGGUGAACGUGGCGAUAUCUCUGGCAGAGGGGUUAGCCUUCCUGCACGCACACUCGCCGCCCCUCGUGCACCGCAACGUGAAGCCCACCAACGUGCUGCUCUCGCCCAACGGCCACCACGCGAAGCUAACGGACUUCUGUUUCGCGCAUCCAGCACCGGGCGAGGACGGAGUGAGGGUGCCGCUGCAAGCGCAGGAGCAGGGCUAUGUCGCGCCGGAGCUGCUGCUGCCGCCCGUGCUCUCUUUCUCCCCAGCCACUGACGUGUACAGCUUCAAAGCGAUUCUCCCGGUGAUGCUAACAACAGGGCGCCUGGCAGUCAUGCUGCGCCCAGAAGACCCGCGGGAAUGCCUUGUUAUCACAGGUCCAUCACUCCACACCUCCCUUUCCCAUUCCCUCCUCUCUCCCCGGGGGCGCCUGCUCCCCCUCAGCUUCGGAACUGGGUCAGUUGCUGCUCAUAACGCUGCUGCUGCUGCUGCCGCUGCUGCUGCCGCUGCUGCUGCUGCUGCUGCUGCUGCCGCUGCUGCUGCUGCUGCUGCUGCUGCCGCUGCUGCUGCUGCUGCUGCUGCUGCCGCUGCUGCUGCUGCUGCUGCUGCUGCUGCUGCUGCUGCUGCUGCUGCUGCUGCUGCUGCUGCUGCUGCUGCUGCUGCUGCUGCUGCUGCUGCUGCUGCUCUGAAUCCAUCCUGCUCUUCUACACACACACUCUUGCACGCACUGAACCCUGCAUAUGCGAUUGGUUCAAGAGAGGUGGAUAGGUCUCGGGCAGAGCAGAUGGUGAACGAGGGUGAGGACGAGGAGGGAGAAAGGUACAGCGACAGAGAUGAAGUGGAAGAGGAAGAGGAAGGGGAAGAGGACGAGGGAGAUGAGGGAGGACGCGGGAUGCAGCAAGGGUACGCGUUCGAGCCAGCAGCCGCUGCAGCAGCAGCAGCAGCACCACCACCACUGCCACUGAUAGCAGAAGAGCGCUCAGAUGAAAUGAGAAUGGAGGAGGAAGAGGAGGAGACGAGCAGUGGCAGGGAUGCUGCAUAUUACACACCUUCAGAGGACCAGCUCUCUGCUAUAGACAACCGCUCUGCAAGAGACGAGCUCUCUUCUAUGGAGGACCUUUCUGCUAUGGGCGAGCUUUCAGCCAUGCCCAGUGCUGGUUUCGACGCUUCCUCUAUAGCAGCGGACAGCAGUGUUCCCAGUGACAUGAGCGUGAGCCGCUUUAGCGAGGAGGCUUAUAGCGAGGAUCAGCUGUACGGGAGUGAAAUCAGUGGGGGUGAAAUCAGUGGGAGUGAGAUCAGUGGGAGGGAAGAGGUGAGGGAGGGGGGGUCUAUAGGGGAGCAGAUGAGUUCUAAGUACUACAGUUUGGAGCAUGCAUAUUCAGUGGGUGAUGCCCAGGCUUUUGAGUCGACUCAAAGGUCACCUCGAGGGUCUAUAGGCGAGCAGAUGAGCUCCAAGUAUUACAGUUUGGGGCAUGUAUACUCAGUGGGUGAUUCUCAGUCUUUCUCUUCUCCUGCUGCUGCUCCUGCUCCGGCCUACCCACCUGUGUCUGCAUCUGCUGCUGCUGCCGGUGCUGCUGCUGGUGCUGCUGCUGUUGCUGCUGUUUCUGCUGCUCCCGGUGUUGCUGCCAGUUCACCCAUUGCUUCCCAUCACGGGUCAGACUCAGCUGCUCUUUCCGAACCGUUAGUUCCUUUCUCCCUCUCGCCGCCCGAUCUACAAGCUGCCUCACCUGCUCAUUCCGACCUUGAGCAAGAGGGAGGCAGCAUGUUGAAAAGAGGCAGCAGCGGCACCUCUCAAGGAGCAUGUCCUUUCCUUUCGUAG